AUGGUUGAAAAGGCAUUGGUCUUGCAUUUAGAUUUUCACAAAACUAUCCAGUUACCAAAGUUAACAAGCCAAGAUGCUUAUUUUAAAAGACGAUUGACAACGAGGCUUUUUGGAGUUUUUCACGCAAACCGAAAGAAAUUGCACGCCUACGUAUAUSCAGCAACAGUUGGAGGAGAGGGACCUGAUGAAGUAAUUUCCUGCUUAGAUUUCUUUCUAAAAACUCAGGCAGCUGGACUAAAACAUCUCGUCCUUUGGGCGGACAAUUGCCCAGCCCAAUUCAAAGAAAACUACCUUUUUUUUUACCUGCAAUAUCUAGUGAAAACGAAGCGAUUUUCUAGAGUGGACUUAAAAUUUUUGCUCGAAGGCCACACUUACGCAAUUUGUGAUAGGCGUUUUGCCUCUAUAGAAGCAGCUACGAAACGCUUUGAAACUAUUGAAACACCUACCGAUUGGGUAGCUCAAUUGAAGGAACAAAAUAUUACAAAUCUGGUGAUCCAAGAAGUCUCGUUGGACAUUCUCAAGUCAUUUAAAACGUUUUUGCGUAAUGCGUAUGUAAGCCGGCAAAAGGACGUACAUGGACAGAAAUUUGCGGUAAGACGUUUGGCUUGGCUUAACUUUGGCAUUGGCGAAGCGAUCGACAGCAAUGGCAGGCUUGUUGCCAAAAACCUCGAAGAUGGCGCAUGUUUUGCUAGAUUUUCCAUCGAUCCCUAUCAAGAACCGUUAAAGAUAAACUUUUUGAAAAAAAAGCAAAGCCGUUCCAUGAAUCCCAAAGGGCUUAAAGUGAGAUCACUAGGAUUGAGCCCAGUUCCAAAUAUAAUCAAAGAAAACUGUUUAGAACUUGCGACAAAAUAUCUAAGUUUGGAAGCACAGCGUUAUUACAAUACCCUUCCAGUGGAGGAUGCUGAUGCUGAUGAUAAUAAUGAUGAUGAUGAU